AUGGAGGAGUGCUCUUGCCUCUGUGUCAUGGGCUCUUCACGGGGAUGUCGGUGUCGUCAGAAGCGCCAGCGCCCAGCUGAGAUGGCAGCAGCAGAGGGCAAGCGGGACCCGGCCCCCACAGAAAAGCACAUGGAGGUGGACCCCCCGCACUGCUCACUGCAGGACCUGCCAGUGGAGAUGCUGGUGGAGAUCUUCGCCUCGCUCCCCGGCACAGAUCUGCCCAGCCUGGCCCUGACCUGCACCAAAUUCCACAACAUCCUGCACAUCGACAGCAUCUGGAGAUGGCGCUGCCGCGAGGAGUUUGGCAUUUGUGAAAACUUGCAGAAUCUGGAGAUGAUAGGUUUGUCUUAUCGAGAAGUCUAUGCGAAGCUGUUCCACCCAUACAGACACAUUUUGGGACUGUGGCAGCUAGAUACUGAGGACUAUAGAACACUGCUGAAUGUCGUGGUGGACGGCUUAUGCAUUACUGGUUGGACAUACGGGCCUUGGCUUAACACCUAUGUGGAUGGCCCAAUACAAUUCGAGCCUGCGUUCAGAAUUCGCCUGACGGAGAGGAAAUCAGCCACGGUGGAGUGCAUGGAAGGCUGCCACAGCAGGCCCCACAACCGCCACAUGCAGAUUCAGAAGGACAGGUUCACCACCCAGUGCAGCAAGACAGACCACCUAAAGGAUUUACCAAGGCAGCUUAGGGACCAAUGGGGGCGGGUGCUGGUGCAGGAGGACAGACAGCAGUAUGACUGCCUGGCCUACCGCCGCCUCUACCUCCCGCCGAGCCACCCAGAUGACCUCAUCAGGCCAGGCCUCUUCCAAGCCAACUGCAAUCCCUAUGGCCUAUCGAUUGCCAUGCUCAGCUUCCAUGGGAAGUAUGCCAGGGUCACGAAGGUCACGGGAAUAACCAAGAUAUUAGCGUUAGAGAUCCACCUCAUGCGCCGCAUCCAGCUGCCAAAUGGUGAGUUCUUCCGCAACUUCAACGAGCUCUCCCGCGUGGUCCAGGAGAUUGACGAACAGGUAAUCCGGGAGCAGCAGCAGCAGCAAGAAGACGGGACUGAGGACAGCGAGGGCCAUGGCUGGCAGAGCUCUGCCCAGCAAAGUGUCAGAGAGUCCGGGGUUGCAGCUUCGGAGGAGCAGCCUGUUCCUUUUGUUCUGCCUGUGGGCGUGCACUCAAGAGACCACAACUACCCCGGAACCUGCAGGAUGUGUUUCUAUGGCGUGGACACUGCUACUUUUACUGUUAACUUAUAUGGCUUCACCGACACCAGGCGCUACCCUGGAGUCUUCAUCCUGUUCGAUGAGAACCACUUCGGGUUCAUCUGGUCUGAGGUGAAUUACUUCAUCCUGUACCGCAGAGUCCAGAACACCUUCCAGAAUGUGGAGGCACCAUCCCCGCAGGCCUUCCUGGAGAUGCUCAAGAACAUUCAGUACCGACCCCCUGGGAGAAGCAGCUUGCAUGCACUUUGA